ACCUGGGAGGCGGCGGCGGCGGCGGGAUGAGCGAGGCGGAGGCAGCGCCGACGGUGGUGUUGGCCCCCGUGGGGCCCCAGCCGGGCCCCGUGGUGGUGAUGGUGGGACCGGUGGUUGGGGGAGACCUGCAGAAGCCGGGGCCCGGGGGGGCAGUCGUCCCCCUGUCCCCGGCGCCCCUAACCGGGGGGCCUGUCACCUCAGCAACGGCGGCCCCGGUCCCCGCCCGGAGCCAGGCGGACAAACCGGUCCUGGCAACCCAAGUCUUAGGCACCGUCAAAUGGUUCAACGUCCGCAACGGCUACGGAUUCAUCAACAGGAACGACACCAAGGAGGAUGUCUUUGUCCACCAGACUGCCAUUAAACGGAACAACCCCCGCAAGUUUCUCCGCAGCGUAGGGGAUGGGGAGACGGUGGAGUUUGAUGUCGUGGAAGGAGAGAAGGGUGCCGAAGCUGCCAACGUGACCGGCCCCGGCGGGGUCCCGGUGAAGGGGAGCCGCUACGCCCCAAACCGGCGCCGCUUCCGUCGCUUCAUCCCGCGGCCCCGGCCGGCGGCGGCACCCCUGGCCCUGGUGGCCGACGGCUCCGUGGGCGGGGCGGAGCCCGGCAGCGAGGGGGAGCGGGCCGACCACCCCGGCCAGCGGCCCCGCCGCCGCCGCCCGCCCCCCUUCUUCUACCGCCGGCGCUUCGUGCGCGGCCCCCGGCCCCCCGACCCCCAGCAGCAAGGGGAGGGCCCAGAGGGAUCGGAGCCCAAAGACGCCACCUCCUUAGACGGGGACCAGCAUCAGGGCGAUGACAGGGUCGCCCUGCCCCGCUUCCGGCCCCGCUACCGCAGGCCCUUCCGCCCCCGGCCUCCCCAACAGCCCACCACGGAGGGCGGGGACGGGGAGACCAAGCCCCUGCAGGGCCCCGCCGACAGCUCCCGGCCCGAGCCCCAGCGGCCCCGCAAUCGGCCGUACUUCCAACGCCGCCGGCAGCAGCAACCGCCACCACCGCCUCCCGGGCCCCGGACACACGUCACCACCACCGCCGAGGCCGAGCUCAAAGAGCCAGCAUCCCUGGGCCUCCUCCCCGUGGAUGCCCCUGGUCCUCAGGAGGGGCCCCUGGAGAACCUGAAGCCCCUGCUGCCUCCGCUGGAGCCUCAGAAUCAGCUGCUGGACACCCCAGCCCCCCUGCCCGGCUGUGACCCCACCACCGCCCUCCUGGAGUGACACCCACCAGGGGUCACACGGAGCCGCCACCUUGGUAACAUCCAUCUGCUCCCCUCAACCUCCAAACCACCUGCGGCACGAAAACGGCGGCUGCCCCAUCACCCACCCCGGCCCCGUCUCCCCAAGAUCCAGGAGCCGAGCGACUGUUUGAUUUUGUUUCUCCUCCCUGACGGUGGAGGCGGAGGGUGGGGAGAAGCUCGGUCCCCGCCCCCGGCCUACUCCAGGGGCCGCCCGCCUCCCCCCGACCUCUCCCUCCUGGCUGUUGUGCUCUUCCGCCCCUUGGUUUAUUUUUUUGGGUUCUCUAUCCUGGCCGCAGCAGUGUUGUGACGCGUGUCCCCCGCCACCCGGACCGCAGCAGUAAAAAUAAAUUGGCACAAAUGCCCGCCACGGGCGUCCCGCUC